GCAGCUUUCCAGCUUGUUGCGAAAACGGAUGUUCCUGCUGUAACAGGCCCAUGUCUGAAAACCCAGACAGACGGUCACAUUUCAACAGAAAGUCAGCUACACUCGAGUACGUCGGCGAAGUCAGAGCAGCAGCAAGAUGGAGUGUGAGUGGAAGCCAGACGAGCAAGGACUUCAACAGAUAUUACAGCUGCUCAAAGAGUCUCAGUCGCCAGAUACGUCCACACAAAGAUCCGUCCAGCAAAGACUCGAGCAGCUGAACCAGUACCCAGACUUCAACAACUACUUGAUAUUUGUUCUGACAAAGUUAAAAUCAGAAGAUGAACCGACACGCUCCCUGAGUGGAUUGAUCCUGAAGAACAAUGUGAAAGCCCACUAUCAGAACUUCCCUAACGGCGUGUCUGAUUUCAUCAAAAGUGAGUGCCUCCAAAACAUCGGAGACUCGUCGCCCCUCAUCCGGGCCACUGUGGGUAUUCUCAUCACCACCAUUGCCUCCAAAGGAGAGCUGCAGAACUGGCCGGAGCUUCUGCCUAAACUCUGCCUGCUGCUGGAUUCAGAGGACUACAACACAUGUGAGGGAGCGUUUGGAGCCCUACAGAAGAUCUGCGAGGACUCUGCAGAGAUCCUGGACAGCGACAUGCUGGAUCGACCUCUCAACAUCAUGAUCCCCAAGUUCUUACAGUUCUUCAAACACAGCAGCCCCAAGAUCAGAUCUCAUGCCAUUGCCUGCGUCAAUCAGUUCAUCAUCAGCAGGACUCAGGCUCUCAUGCUGCACAUUGACCCCUUCAUCGAGAACCUGUUUGCUCUGGCGACAGACGAGGAACCAGAGGUGAGGAAGAACGUGUGCAGAGCUCUCGUCAUGCUGCUGGAAGUUCGCCUGGAUCGUCUGCUGCCGCACAUGCACAACAUCAUAGAGUACAUGCUGCAGAGGACUCAGGACCAGGAUGAGAAUGUGGCCUUGGAGGCCUGCGAGUUCUGGCUCACUCUGGCGGAGCAGCCGGUGUGUAAGGAAGUGCUGUGUGGACACCUCUCCCAGCUCACUCCGGUGCUCGUCAACGGGAUGAAGUACUCUGAGAUUGACAUUAUCCUGCUCAAGGGUGACAUUGAGGAAGAUGAAGCCAUCCCUGACAACGAGCAAGACAUCAGACCACGCUUCCAUCGCUCCCGUACAGUCGCCCAGCAGCAUGAAGGCGAUGGGAUAGAGGAAGAUGAUGAUGAUGAUGAUGAGCUGGACGAUGUUGAUGAUACGAUCUCAGACUGGAACCUGCGAAAGUGUUCCGCUGCAGCGUUGGACGUCUUGGCGAACGUGUUCAGGGACGAUCUGUUGCUGCACAUUCUGCCGCUCCUCAAAGAGCUGCUCUUCCAUCCAGAGUGGGUGGUCAAGGAGUCUGGCAUCCUGGUGCUGGGGGCGAUUGCUGAAGGCUGCAUGCAGGGUAUGAUCCCGUACCUACCUGAGCUCAUCCCCCAUCUUGUCCAGUGUCUGUCUGAUAAGAAAGCUCUAGUGCGCUCCAUCACCUGCUGGACACUGAGCCGCUAUGCACACUGGGUUGUCAGCCAGCCUCCGGACACUUACCUGAAACCUCUGAUGACGGAGCUGCUCAAACGUAUUCUGGACAGCAACAAGCGCGUGCAGGAGGCUGCUUGCAGUGCCUUUGCCACUCUGGAGGAGGAGGCGUGCACAGAGCUGGUGCCCUACCUGGCCUUCAUCCUGGACACACUCGUGUUUGCUUUCAGCAAGUACCAGCACAAAAACCUGCUCAUCCUGUACGACGCCAUCGGGACACUCGCUGACUCAGUGGGGCAUCAUCUCAAUAAACCGGAGUACAUCCAGAUGUUGAUGCCUCCGCUGAUCCAGAAGUGGAACCAGUUAAAAGAUGAGGACAAAGAUCUCUUCCCUUUAUUAGAAUGUCUGUCUUCUGUAGCCACUGCCCUGCAGAGCGGCUUCCUGCCAUACUGUGAGCCUGUGUACCAACGCUGUGUCAACCUGGUCCAGAAGACUCUAGCUCAGGCUAUGCUCCAUCAGUCCCAGCCAGACCAGUACGAGGCCCCUGAUAAAGACUUCAUGAUCGUGGCGUUGGAUCUCCUCAGCGGUUUAGCAGAAGGUUUAGGAGGCACCAUUGAGCAGCUGGUCGCUCGUAGCAACAUCCUCACCCUCAUGUACCAGUGCAUGCAGGACAAAAUGCCAGAAGUGCGUCAGAGUUCUUUUGCUCUGCUGGGAGAUCUGACCAAAGCUUGUUUCCAGCAUGUCAAACCAUGCAUCGCUGAUUUUAUGCCCAUACUGGGUACAAAUUUAAACCCAGAGUUAAUAUCAGUGUGCAACAAUGCAACAUGGGCGAUUGGAGAGAUAUCUAUACAGAUGGGGCCUGAGAUGCAGCCGUACAUUGCCAUGGUGCUGCACCAGCUGGUGGAGAUCAUAAACAGGCCAAAUACCCCAAAGACUCUUCUGGAAAACACAGCAAUAACAAUUGGUCGUCUUGGUUACGUUUGUCCUCAAGAGGUGGCACCCAUGCUACAGCAGUUUAUAAGACCCUGGUGCACUUCUCUACGAAAUAUAAGAGACAACGAGGAGAAAGACUCAGCAUUCAGAGGAAUUUGCACAAUGAUCAGUGUAAACCCAGGAGGUGUAGUUCAGGAUUUUAUAUUCUUCUGUGACGCUGUGGCCUCCUGGGUAAAUCCAAAGGAUGAUCUCAGAGACAUGUUCUACAAGAUCCUUCACGGGUUUAAGAACCAGGUGGGAGAGGAGAACUGGAGGCGUUUCUCAGAUCAGUUCCCGAUGCCGCUGAAGGAACGACUGGCAACCUUUUACGGGGUGUAACUGUUCCUCAGCAGUGUGCCUCUUCACUGGGGUGAUUGACUUCGGGAGACUACAUGGGGAACCUCUUUUACCCAGGGAACAUGUUACCCUUUACUGGGGGGAAGGGUCUGCCUGCUGAGGGGAGGGGAGGGGUGCCGACCCCUCCCCGACCUGACGGACGGGGUGGGAGGGAGGUGGUAGCUGCAGUGCUCAGCGCCCCCAUGCACAGGCAAAGGUGGGGGGGACGGGACUGGCAGAACAACCUUAUCAUGGGAGGAAAAUUCACGUUAUCACAUCUAAGUCGGAAAUAAUGAACUUCAUCACCUUUUCUCUCUCCAUUUAUCCCCACAAACAUCUUAUCUUCUGUUUCCUGAGCUACUGAGAAGAAAUGUAUGGAAAUAUGGGGGGAAAGUUGCAAAACUCUGUAAAGCAUUUGCUCUUUGAUUUUUGUUUAGAAGAGGAGUUUGCACGUAUUGAAAGGUUAGGCAGAAAGCGGAUUUAUAAUGAUGUCAGUAAGGUUAAUAGGACUGACUCUAACAGAGGAGGAGAAUCCUUUAGAAAUAAAGUAAAGUUCAAGGUGAAUCGAGAGAUUUUUUUCUCUAAAUAGCUUCAAACUAGCAGCUGAUGCCAAGAAAAUAUCAAACUGGAGGAUUUAAUCUGCAAAAUAUGAUUUAAUAAUGCUGCAUAUCACCAAGAAUACGUUAUCGUUUUGUAGUUAUCAGCUUUACUUUGGUGAUCUUGAUCUUUAGCAGGGCAAAGGCUGUCUAAAAAGUCACUGAAGAGCACAAGAGCAGCUUCUUUUGGGAUAGGUAGCAUGCUUGUAUCAUUGUGAAAAGCUGUGGAGCAUUAGUGAUGUGUGUUGCAGCCGCCUUCGGCCCUGUGAUAAGGUUCUUCUUUGACCUUGUAUUUUAUCUUUUUGCAGAUGUUCUUUUGUUUGUUUUACCAGAGAAUUACAGCGAUCAGCUGUAAUGUAGCAUGACUGGGGUUUACACACGGAAAUGUAGGAAAAAACGUGUCAAAUCUUGGCUGUGAUGUAACGUUGGAGUUUGGUCUUGUGGUGUGAAUGUGUCCUGGACAUUGCAAAGCUUUACAAUCCUUUAUAUCACAUGAAGGAGAAAUGAAGGAGAAGCACCACAAAUCCUGUCUUAGUGAUUUUUUGGCUGUCAGAACCUCACAGUCCAUUGUAUGAAUGUCUGACGUGUUUAUUUCUCGAUGUGUUUUUUUUUUCUAGGAUGUUUGGCUUCUUGUGCUUAAAGCAUGAUCUCCAGGAUGACUGUGUAAUAUUUUGGGUGGUUGUGUUUUUGUGGGGUACUUGAAUGCUUUCAUCUCUUGCAUGUUGGUGGCCCCUCAUACCCUAACAUAUUGAUAAGAGCAGUCUAACCUGGCUUCCUGCUCUUCAGAGUGACCCCCGUCCUUAUCUGGGUAAGAGCAAGUCCUGAAAAUAAAAUGGCGGUAGAUUAGAACACACUGGCUAUCAUUAUUAACUAUGUUUUUCUUAAAUGGGUGAGGGUUAGGCUCAGUUAGUGAAGAAGACAGCCAUAUAAAGAGGCUGCAGAUCUUGACACUGUGGUUACAUGAUCAGGUCUUUCUGGUGCAUGCCUUCCCUACCCUCCCCAAAAAAGUUUUUCCUAAAUUUAUUCCUUAGGCUUCUCUUCAUAGCUUUCUAUGUCAGAUUCAUGAUAGUGAUUAAAGCCAUGUCCUCAUAUGCUGUAAGCGUGUGCUGUUCAUAAAUAGAAUAGAAAUAUACCCCUUUUAUGCCCAAACAGAGCAUGGGACUGCAGGGCUGUGUGCAAACACAGAAGGCACACAGGACUGAGAAAAGAAGUUAGAAGAUGUCAGUGAUGUCCACGUUAAAAUUAACAGUAAAAACAAUCACACACUGAAUGCAAUGACACCAAAAAGGCACAUUUGAUUAAAUAUAUAUCAAGUAUUAGAUAUUAAAUAUGUGCUAAUAAAUCAUAAAUUGUAUAAUAUAACUAUUUUAAAUAAGGCUGUCACCAGAUAAGACAUUGUUCCAUAAUAGUGUACUGUAGAAAAGAUGCAUGAAAACUGAAGUUAAGUGAAUAUUCUUUGAUGUUAACCAACACUUAUUACAAAAACUGGCAUUUUAAAUAUUGGAACAUCAUUUAAACAUUUAAAUGUCCCUGUACAGGCGUGUUUUAAAAGCAUGCACGUGCAGGGCUGUGUGCAAACACCGAAGCACACAGGACUGAGAGGAGAGUAACAAAAUGUCAGUCCAAAUUGUCAGUUCCAAUUGAUGUCCAAAUCAAAAUUAACAGUAAAAACAGUCUUGUACUGAAAGCAAGGAAACCAAAAUGGGAAAGAUUAAAUUGUAGAGUUAGUAAUGGAUAUUAAAUAUGCACUGCUAACACAGAAAUUGUAAAAUAAAUUGUAUGAGACUGCAGGGCUGUGUGCAAACACAGAAGGCAAACAGGAGUAAGAGAGAAGUAGAGAGACAUCAGUCGUGCAAAUAAAAAUUAACUGCAAAAACAAUCCUAUGUUGACACCAAAAAGGCUGAUUUAAUUAUAUAUCUAAAGGCGGAUAUUAAAUAUGCGCUAAUAACACAUGCUAAAGUGUUAAUUGUAGAGUCAUUGAACAUUUUAUAGUUAAGAUCAAAUAGCCAAAGAUUAAAUUACAAACUGACCAUAUUUGGUCAUGUAUUUGUGCCUGUUAUUUGAUCAUUUGAUUGAUAAAAUUUAAGUAAAAUAUAAUAUGAAAUGACAAAUUUUGUCAAAAUGUUAAAUUAAUCUCAAUUAAUCAAGGGUGAAAAAUGCGAUAAAAAUAUAUGCCUAUAAAUCACACGCUGAUGCCAUCAUAAAACCGACUAAAGAAGCUCUAUAACUUUGAUUGGAACACGUAAGAACUCUAUUUUGACUUCAUUUUUUAAAUUUUAUGGAUAAAAUCCAUAUUCUACCGAUUAACACCAUCCUAGAUUGACUAAUAAGUGACGAUCUGUCCUCAGUCUCAAAUUCUCCAGUUUCAAAAGCAAGUAGAAAAUGUUGAUGCUAUUCAGAAGCCUGUCCUUUUUGAUUGUUUGUUACUGUUAUCUUUAAAACUGCCAGUAAUGCAGUCUUUCUCAAAUGAUCAACAGAUGCAAUUCAUUGUGAUUCACUGAUUACAGAGCCUAAUUUUUUUAGUCAACUGACAGCCGCACAAGUUAUAUAUAACUGUAGCCUUCAUAAUUUAGCAUAUUUGAGCCUGAUUCUCAGAUUUAAAACAAAAAAAGUGUUGACAUCAGUUUUAUUAUAAACUAUACAAAUGGGUUUUAAGACCACAUUUCAUUUAAAGAACAGUUGCUGAAUUAGGCCCAGUGUCUUAUAAUUGCUGGGCAUAUACCGCCAAGUGACAGUUUUUCUUUAAUAACAUAAUGAUGUCAAUCCCUGCUCAGAAAAGUCAAUUCUUUUAGGUUUACCUUGCUGGCCACUGGAUUUGGGCUCCUGUUAGCCAUCAAAAACAACUGUUUUCUUAUUUAUUUAUAUAGCCAUCCAUCUACCGCCAUUCAUUUUAAGUGGAAUGUUUUCACCCUAAGAGGGUCGGGCCGGCCUCAUUUGGACAAAGUACCUGGUUGGGUUGCUCUCAUCAGUCCUGUGAAUUACGGGGGGUUUACGGGAGGGAGGGGCGCUUCGAUUAAAAGGCUUAAAAAGUACAUAAUAACCAUUAAUGUAUUACAACACUGGGGCUUUUAAGAUGUCACGUUUUGUCGCUGGAGUGUCCUCCCUAAAUUCUCCCCCAUAGCUGGAUGUAUAGACUUUAAAUACUGUGAAACUACAACUAUGUUAUUGUCUCUGGUUGUGUUUGCGCUGUUCUAUUUUAUAAAGUGUGUAAAAGCCUGAAUGUAUUCCAUGAUGGGUUGGAGAGAUUUUGUUUGAUUAUUUUGUUGUUUUUUUUUUAGUGCCCAGCCAGUGAUUUUCUCUCUGCUGGCCAGAGUAAGAACCGCAGUAUUUUAAACCUUUGUAAUGCACAUUACACGCACUUAAACUUUACAUAGCAAGUGCUUUAAAUUAAGAUGUAGCCUAACCCUUAAAUAUGACCGUAGGUUUAACACAAAUAAGGAAUCGCUGCUAGUGUAUGUAAUAAAUGCAAUAAACAUGGAGUGAUUAGAUUGUAAAGCAGUUUAGUGUCUUAGAUAAACCUUUGUGAUAUCAAAUAUACAACAAGUCAGUUAGCGUUAACAGUAAUAAGAUAAACACAGGAUAUAAUGCAUCAUGGAAUACAGAGGCAAAUUUGUGUACGUGCCACAUCAUUUUGUGUUUAAAGUGAUUUUGUCUUGUCACAUUCCAGCUGUUUGGCAUGCAAAAAACAGAGUAGCUACAGCUCAACGGGGUGUGUUUAUGCAUCGUAGUCCUGUUCUAGGUCUAUAAAUGCAAACAAUCCCCUUCAUUAGCGUGCUGUAUUUCUGACUCGACUGCUGCUAUACAUCGUAGUUGUGUUUCACUACUUGAAUCUGUGUUUUCUAUGUGUUGACCUCAGGUUGUCUGUGUUCAGUGUUUAUCAUUUCCCCCCAAUGUGUAUGCCUUUUAUGCAUCUCUACUACUUAAGAUUAGUAAAAGUCUCGCCCUUCAUGUUAGAAAUGGAUAACCAUGGGUGUUAAACGACAUUAGUGUCCUUAUGUGUGCAGCACUGCUACGUGUAAAAGCUGCGUUUCCACCAAGUGGUCCGGUUCAGUUUGCUUUGGUAUGGGGCACAAAUAUUUGAGUUGCCACCGUCAAACAUUGGGACAAGUACCAAAAUAACCAACAGGAUUGUCCUGCCUUUUUGGCACCCUUGUGUUGGGGCACCAAGUCUUACCAUCAAACCCUAAAGAAGGGGGUAAACACGUUGAAGACCAUUAAAAGAAACACUGUAAAAAGUUUUCUUACUGUCCUGUGUUGUCAUAGCCUCGCACAGCCAAUGGAUAAGCCAGAUUCCAUGUCUGUUUUCAGGCAAAUCCAAUGUAGUAGUAGUGCUCACUGAAUCCUAUUACUUACCAUUGAUAGUUGAACGAAAAAAAAAAGACAAUAACUCAAAUAUAUUACCUAAAAAACAGCUGUUACAGAUGUAAUUGGAACUUUCCACAUGUUUAUAUUUUCCUUUUGCUACUUUGUCUUUAAUUUUCCAAUCAGAACCAAGUGCUUUUAAUGCACCAGGAGAUAAAACAAAUAGGUGGAAACAUCCUUCAAAAUAAAAGCACAUCAUAGACUUUUUACAUCUUUUUCCACUGAAAACAACUUUGCAACACAUCGUUGAGAACAAAGGUCAUACACAAAGCACUUAAUACCACCCUUAGAGAGACCUGAUGUCUCUUUCUUUAACACAAGAAUAUUUCUAGCCCUCCAUAGACAAUAUUCAAUAAGAUACAGUUUAUUUGUACCCACCAUUUAUCUGUACUCCCUCAGGACCUUUGCUCUAAGUGGCCAUAUGCUGCAUCCUGAAAGCUCCGUAGGACUUUCAAUGAAUUGUUCAGCCUUUCAAAGACCAUAGAUUCUUAGCAAAGGGUUAAGAUGAGAACAGAUGCCGUAUAGUUAAGCAUUCAUUAAACAAUUAAACCCCUCAAGGAUUGUUGCAAAAAAUGACAAGGUCACUUUAAAGAACACAGGGUGGUAGCUACAGGUAAGGUUUAGUUGCAGUGACUGCAAGCCUGUAAACAAUGGCGAUUGGCCAGAGAAAAGAGUAUCAUGAAUGCAGCUGUAACAGCAGUUUAUCAGAAGUGGAUGUUUUUUUUAUUAAAAGAACAAAAUGAUGCACUGAAAGCUAUUCUUUUGGUAGGAAAGAUGUCUUUGGUCUUCUCUCAGCUGGUUUCAGCAGGAGUUUGAUUUACUUAGUGGCUCCACUGAUAGUGAACAACAAUAAUGACUGUUUGUCAGGCAUGCAUGCCAACUAUGUAAUUUGUUUUGUUUCUCUGAUUGGCCUGUAAUGAAGGCAACAGUCAGAAUGUUUGGGGAAAAAAACUCAUAGGGUGAUUGGACAAAGGUUUUGCCCUUCACAAACAGCAUGUAUGGGUUGUUGCACAGAUAGAAAUGGUGGCAGUCUAUCUAGAGUGUCAGGUUUGCGUCUUCGUUUUUCCCUUGCUAAUUUGAGUCUGUCCAUCUCAUUCAAGCUCCAAAGUAUGAUUCCCCAAGUUUUCUUUUUCUCCAGCCACCUCUCAAAUACAGCUCGGCUUUUCCUUGUGAUCAACAGCCCCUUUUCUUAGAAGCAAGAACACGAAAUCUUGGAUGUCCUUAAGCAUUUCCUGUUGCCCCUUGCUACUUUUUUUUCACAUUCAUCUUUAUUUAAGGCUAUCCCAGAGCUCUUUUCACACUGCAAACGUAAAAUUUUGCAGUGUAACCAACCUAGAAACUUCCCUGACUUGCUUGUUCAAGCAGUUUUGGGCUAGGUGUCUUACCCACAUCGACAAACCCUUGGCCUUCUGGUUGAGAGACAACCACUUGAGCUGCAGUCAACCCAGAAAUUUCAGGGUGGACAAUUCUGAUGUUUGCAUGCACACUUGCAGCUAAUCCAGAUAAAUUCAGGAAGUUUUUAGGUGUUUAUGCACAUGCAUUCAUUAGGCUGCUUUACCAUCAGGCUAUUAUGUGGCUGACACAGCCAUCAGCAUCUGGCUUAGACCUCCACUUAUCACGCUAGGCUACAAUUGGCUAUGGAAGAGGGUUUUCAAAAGCAAACAGUACUGAACCGAACCGGACUGCAGGGUGGAAACGCACCUAAAUAUGAUUAUAAUUGCAAAGCAGGGGAAGAUUAUAAUGGUAACUUGCACAUUAAUUACUGUGCUUUUCUAGUCAAAAGUGAUUGUUUUAAGACUAUGGUAAAUAUUUAGAAUAAAGUGCACAUAAUGCCUUGAGAGCAAAUACUUUGUUGGCGUUUUGCAAUAGAUAUACAGUAUUCUGUAUCUAAAGACACUUAAUUUAAAUGCAAAGAAGUAGGUUGGCGGCAUAUUGUUACAAACAUAAUGUUUGCAAAUAUAACUUUGACUUUCUAUGAAGCUUUAUUGAAAAUUUGUAUUUUAUAAAGCACCCACCAAUAUUAAGGAAUGUCUAGUCAAAGAAACUCCUGUUCUCUCAUUUAGCCUUCGAUCUUGAUUAGACGAUCUGCCUUCAUCUUUUUUGCUAAUAAAAGCAAAAACAUCAUUUUGAUAGACAUGGUUUGAUUUUUUUUUAAUGAGCUGCUGAAUUUUAAAAAAGUAAUACUUUUUGGGGCCACCAAAUAUUUUGGAUCAUGCAAAGAAUCUAUAUAUUGUACUGUAGUAAUUUUGUAAUAUUUGUAAGAUGAUAUAGUGGAUGUGAAUGGUUACCAUUGCUUGAAUCUGUACA